UAAAUGAUUGUGGUCUAAAGCCAGGUGUUUCAGUUUCAUUGUCCAACCCCUGUAUGUUAUACUGACCUUGAUUGGUGGCACGAGGCUGAGUGUUCUCGUGUUUGGCUCUAUAAUGCCUCAGCAUUGAUGAUGUAUUAUUAUUAUACGUCAGCAGCUGCGGCAAAGCAAACCCGUUACCGCACCUCUUGCAUAACAUGAUCCCAUGACUGUAACACUACUGCAUAGUAUAGGCUAUAGGCUUUCUAAUAAACAGUUUGAAUGUACAUUACCUUAUUAGGUGGCACCAAAUCGAAAUAUUCCCACUCUUGGGAACGCUUCCUAGAUGGUUGCUCCAUUACAGAAUAAUCCACCAAAACUCCAAAUAUACAAAAAUAAGAGCUGUUCGUAACGUAUAAUACAUGUAGAAUGGGGAUGUGAACCGGGGCUUGAGCCAUCUUAAAUACACUGAAUCGCGCCAAAUGUUUGAAACUCCGCCAGUCAACUCGAAGCAGUCAGCUGACUCGGUCUGAAUGAAGCAGUGAAGUGGUUCACACGUCAUCGGUGACAUCACAUGAAGCAAGCUCCGGCCCACUGCUUCACCAUAACUACCCUGUCGAGUUUGAAGCAUGCUUUGAAGCCUCGGUGUUAGGAGUAACAUCACUACAGAGUUGACAAGCAGAGCUCAGAGGUUCCCAGUGGUCCAUCUGCCCAGCAGCAUCAACCACAGCUGGACUCCAUAUUUAUGCUGCUGGAGGACAACAUUGUUACUUUUGUGAAGAAGGAGCUGAAAAAGAUCCAAAAGGUUCUAAGUCCAGAUGACCCAGAAUGCUCAGAGAGUCAAAGAGAUGAUGAGGAGGUAUUGGAAGGUGAAGAUGAUGAGCAGAGGAGGGGCAGCAGAGAGUUAUUGUUGAAGAUCACAUUGAACUUCCUGAGGAGGAUGAAGCAGGAGGAGCUGGCUGACCGUCUGCAGAGCAAACAUCUUGCUGCAAUUUGUCAACAUGAACUUAAAUCUGGUCUGAAGAAGAGGUUCCAGUGUGUGUUUGAGGGGAUUGCUAAAGCAGGAAGUCCAACCCUUCUGAACCAGAUCUACACAGAGCUCUACAUCACAGAGGGAGGGACUGGAGAGGUCAAUGAUGAACAUGAGGUCAGACAGAUUGAAACAGCAUCCAGGAAACCACACAGACCAGAAACAACCAUCAGACAAGAAGACAUCUUUAAAGUCCCACCUGGAAGAGAUCAACCAAUCAGAACAGUGAUGACAAAGGGAGUGGCUGGCAUUGGGAAAACAGUCUUAACCCAGAAGUUCACUCUGGACUGGUCUGAAGGCGAAGCCCACCAGAACAUCCAGUUCAUAUUUCCAUUCACCUUCAGAGAGCUGAAUGUGCUGAAAGAUAAAAAGUUCAGCUUGGUGGACCUUGUUCAUCACUUCUUUACUGAAACUAAAGAAAUCUGCAGUUUUGAACACUUCCAGGUUCUGUUCAUCUUUGAUGGUCUGGAUGAGAGUCGACUUCCUCUGGACUUCCACAACAAGGAGAUCCUGACUAUUACAGAGUCCACCUCAGUGGAUGUUCUGCUGACCAACCUCAUCAGGGGGAAACUGCUUCCCUCUGCUCUCCUCUGGAUAACCACACGACCUGCAGCAGCCAAUCAGAUUCCUCCUGAGUGUGUUGGCAUGGUGACAGAGGUCAGAGGGUUCACUGACCCACAGAAGAAGGAGUACUUCAGGAAAAGAUUCAGCGAUAAGAAGAAGGCCAGCAGGAUCAUCUCCCACAUGAAGACAUCACGAAGCCUCCACAUCAUGUGCCACAUCCCAGUCUUCUGCUGGAUCACUGCAACGGUUCUGGAGGAUGUGUUGAAGACCAGAGAGGCAGGAAAGCUGCCCAAGACCCUGACUGAGAUGUACAUCCACUUCCUGGUGGUUCAGACCAAAAUGAAGAAGGUCAAGUAUGAUGGAGGAGCUGAAACAGAUCCACUCUGGAGUCCAGAUAGCAGGAAGAUUAUUGAGUCUCUGGGAAAACUGGCUUUUGAUCAGCUUCAGAAAGGAAACCUGAUCUUCUAUGAAUCAGACCUGAUAGAGUGUGGCAUCGAUAUCAGAGCAGCCUCAGUUUACUCAGGAGUGUUCACACAGAUCUUUAGAGAGGAGAGAGGGCUGUACCAGGACAAGGUGUUCUGCUUUGUCCAUCUCAGUGUUCAGGAGUUUCUGGCUGCUCUUCAUGUUUAUCUGGCCUUCAUCAACUCUGGUGUGAAUCUGAUUGGUGAAAAACAGAAAACUUUCAAGAUAUCUUCAUUUGUUCAAAAGAAAUCUAAAAAGAAAAAUCUUCAUCAGAGAGCUGUUAACAAGGCCUUACAGAGUCCAAAUGGACACCUGGAUUUGUUCCUCCGCUUCCUCCUGGGACUUUCAUUGCAGACCAAUCAGAUACUCCUAAAAGGUCUGCUGAAACAGACAAGAAGUAGCUCCCAGACUGAUCAAAAAACAGUUCAGUACAUCAAGGAGAAGAUCAGUGAGAAUGUGUCUGCAGAGAAAAACAUAAAUCUGUUCCACUGUCUGAAUGAACUGAAGGAUUGUUCUCUAGUGGAGGAGAUCCAAAAGUCUCUGAGUUCAGGAAGUCUCUCCACAGAUAAACUGUCUCCUGCUCAGUGGUCAGCUCUGAUCUUCAUCUUACUCUCAUCAGGAGAAGAUCUGGAUGUGUUUGACCUGAAGAAAUACUCUGCUUCAGAGGAGGUUCUUCUGAGGCUGCUACCAGUGGUUAAAGCCUCCGACAAAGCUCUACUUAGUGGCUGUAACCUUUCAGAGAGAAGCUGUGGAGUUAUGUCCUCAGUUCUCAGCUCCCAGUCCUCCAGUCUCAGAGAACUGGACAUGAGUAACAACAACCUGCAGGAUUCAGGAGUGAAGCUUCUAUCUACUGGACUGGAGAGUCCAAACUGCAAACUAGAAACUCUCAGCUUGUCUGGCUGUCUGAUCUCAGAGGAAGGCUGUGCUUCUCUGGCCUCAGCUCUGAGCUCUAACCCAUCCCAUCUGAAAGAGUUGGACCUGAGCUACAAUCAUCCAGGAGACUCAGGAGUGAAGCUGCUGUCGGCUGGACUGAAGGAUCCACAAUGGAGACUGGAAGCUCUCAGGGUGGAGCCUGCUGGAGUCCGAUGGUUGACACCAGGUCUGAGGAAGUAUUCCUGUCAGCUCACAAUCGACACAAACACAGUGAACAGAAACCUCCAACUGUCUGAAGACAACAGGAAGGUGACACAUGUGGAGGAACUUCAGUCAUAUCCUGAUCAUCCAGACAGAUUUGAUUACAGGCAUCCUCAGCUUCUAUGUAGAACUGGUCUGACUGGUCGCUGUUACUGGGAGGUCGAGUGGAGAGGAGUUGUUUAUCUAUCAGUGAGUUACAGAAGAAUCAGGAGAAGAGGAGGAAGUGAAGACUGUAUGUUUGGAGGAAAUAAUCAGUCCUGGAGUCUGAGAUGCUCUGACUGUCAUGGAUACUCAGUCUGGCACAAUAACAUAAAAGAACCCAUAUCUUCCUCCUCCUCCUCCUCCAUCUCCAACAGAGUAGCAGUGUAUGUGGACUGUCCUGCUGGCAUUCUGUCCUUCUACAGAGUCUCCUCUGACUCACUGAUCCACCUCCACACCUUCAACACCACAUUCACUGAACCUCUGUAUCCUGGGUUUAGAUUGUGGUUCUCUGGUUCCUCAGUGUUUUUGAGCUCAGUUGAAUCUAAAGAGUCUCCUCCUGUCAGAGAAACACUCUCACUGUUAAACAGAUAGUUAUUUCUGUACAUGUGCCCACAAUGAUAAUAAAACUGCUCAGGUGCUUUAAAACAGACUCUUAAAAACCUACCCAUCCUUUGUUCACAACCAGCAGAACCAUUUUUAUUUCCUUCUCCUCUGGAACAGUUUGAUCAGUUUAAAUAACGCAGCAAUGGAGAGGAUGUAGCCUACACUAUGAAACCAGCUGGUUUCAAUAAUUAAAAUAUAAAAAGGUUGAUUUGACUUAGAAAGAUUAAAAGUAUGUUUCUGGUCCAAUGGGCUGGUUUGUUUGCUCUGACAAACUGGUUUAGUGUACUUGGACUGUCAACACAAAUUUAAACAAAACAGGUUUUAUUCUCUGAUUGUAAUUCAUCUGUUUAAUUUAAAGUAAUAUUUGUUUAUCUCUAUACAUUAAGGCUUUCCCAUGUUUUUAUCUGAAUUAAAUGCUCUUGAUUUGUUUUUUUAAUUAUGUGUAUUCUUGCAAUAAACUUAAAGUUGAUUUUUCUAUAA